AUGGCAGAUUGUGCCCUUGCACCUGUUCAACAAGUCAGCUUUAUCUUGGCUGGCCUCCCUUGUACCCUCCCCACCAAUGCCUCACGUGCAGCUCUCCAGAAGCAGAACGAGGAAUUGCACACCAUCUUGAGCACAUUGGUCACGCAGGUGCAGCGCAAUCAUGCAACAACGCUGCAGCUCAAAGACCACGAGAACACAUCGCUGUGUCAGCAACUGCAUACAAAGUCCCAGAACAAGGGCAGGAAGGCAGCAAAGGCUGCUCCCUCAGGUCAGGCCCGGCACAUGACGGAGAGCGUGGUCCUCACUGAACUUGCAAAGGCGGACAUAAAGGGGAAGCUACAGGACAUUUUCACAGACGCAGCAGGCCAGUUCAAACAGCGCCAGAAGCAGAUCGCUGUGCAUCGCAAGGCCAAGAUUACAGCUGUGAAACAGAACACCAGGGAAGAGGAGCGUAGGAAGAAGGAGGAGGAGCACAGCCAGAAGGCAGAAGCAUCCAAAAAGUGUGUUGUUCUAGCUGCAGCUGCAUGCACGCUGAAGGAGGAGAAGAAGAGGAAAAAGGAGUUGAAGAAGCAGGAGGCAGCUUUGGCGGCAGCAGUAAAGAAGGUGGCAGGGGAGGAGAAGGCUGCUGUGAAGGAGGCAAAGGUGGUGGCAGCCGCAAAGGCAAAGUCGAAGUCAAAGGGAAAGGCUACAUGCCAAGCCCCUCCUUCGAGUGAUGGUGCACACAAUGAUUCACACAUGAUGAUGCCCUUCCUGCUAGCCCACUGCCACAUCUGCAAGUCACUCAACAGCCUCACGGUAUCUGUCCCCAUCCCCAAUGUUGUGCAGCAGCAGCUAUGGACACUCCAAGUCAGCCUGUGGCUGGUCCUUCAUCCUCUGUCCAUCAGCCACUGCCAGCCUGAGGCACCUCAGCCGUUCAUGGCUCCAACCCCGCACACAGCAACUCAAUGGUCCUUCAACCGAGUUGGAGGUGACUAUUGCACCGGUUUUGCCACUAGCGAUGCCCACUCCAUGCUGCAAUCCCCAUCAUGCUCCACCUCAGUGUUGGCUGCAGUGUGCCUCAGAGCGAUUCCAAAGGCCUAA